GCAGACUCACAAACCCUGCAACCCAAGCUCAGUUUGCACAGCCAUGGCCGCUCCUUGGCGUCUUCUUCUGGCCCUCGGCUUGCUUGCACUGAGGACACUCCCGCUGUCUUCCGCGGCUCGCGCCUUCUUCGUGUUCGGAGACUCUCUGGUGGACAACGGCAACAACAACUAUCUGGCGACCACGGCACGCGCCGAUGCACCCCCUUACGGCAUCGACACGCCCUCUCACCGAGCGACAGGCCGGUUCUCUAAUGGCAAGAACGUCCCGGAUAUCGUCAGUGAAUACCUCGGAGCCGAAUCGACGUUGCCGUACUUGAGCCCCGAGCUCCACGGAGAGCGGCUUCUGGUGGGCGCCAACUUCGCAUCGGCCGGCAUCGGGAUCCUCAACGACACGGGAAUCCAGUUCGCGAACAUAAUUAGGAUCACGAAGCAGCUGCAGUACUUCGAGCAGUACCAGCAGAGGCUGAGCUCCCUGAUCGGCCCGGAGAAGACGGAACGCCUGGUGAACGAAGGCCUCGUCCUGAUAACCCUCGGCGGGAACGACUUCGUCAACAACUACUACCUCGUGCCUUUCUCUCUCAGAUCUCGACAGUUCGCCUUGCCUGACUACGUCCGCUAUCUCGUCUCCGAGUACAAGAAGAUUCUUUCAAGGCUGUAUGAACUGGGUAGCCGGCGAGUCCUAGUCACCGGAAUCGGCCCACUCGGCUGCGUCCCGGCGGAGCUCGCGUUGCGGAGCAGGACCGGCGCCUGCGACCCCGAGCUGCAACGAGUCCCCGACCUGUACAACCCCCAGUUGAUGCAGCUGUUGAGUGACCUCAACACUCAAUAUGGCUCCUCCGUCUUCGUCGCUGUCAAUGCCUACAAGAUGCACAUGGACUUCAUCACCAACCCUGGAGCAUACGGGUUCAUCACGUCGAGGGUUGCAUGCUGCGGCCAGGGACCCUACAACGGGAUCGGUCUCUGCACCAUUCUGUCGAAUCUGUGCCCUAACAGGAACAUUUAUGCGUUCUGGGACGCGUUCCAUCCCACCGAGAAAGCCAACAGGAUCAUCGUGAGCCAGUUCAUGACUGGGCUUGAGGAGUACAUGAGCCCGAUGAACCUGAGCUCCAUUCUCGCCAUGGAUGCACGCACCUGAGCGAGCGUCUGUGAUCUCAGCUCGUUCGAUCUAGUCCAUAGGUUUGAUUUAGUACUGAGACUGUGGUGUUUGCUUAGCCUCUUGGAAUGUGGUGGUGUUCAUAGGUUCUUGUAGACGAGUCAUGUGCUUUGAUCGAUUGGUUUAGCGUAAUUGCAGCUGUUACAUUACAUUGGUAGUGAGUUAGCGGUCCAUGUAGCACUUGUACGGUUAUUAUGGGAUUUGUGUUUUGCGUC